CCGAGCCAGAGCACAGGACCGCGCAAGUUUGUGGAGGAAGAAGCCGACAGACGAUCCCAGCCUUCUCCAGAGGAACACCUUCAUCCUGAUUGUUUUUUCACUUCCCCCUCCCCUCAAUCACGCAAGGGAAUGCCAUCGAUAAAUAUGAAACUGGAGAUGGUGACCAUCAUCGCCUGCGAAGUAGACACCGAGGUGUUUACGUCAGACAAGAUGCAGGAGAGGUUUGAGGCGUUGUUUAGGAUCUACGACGAACAGACAACUUUCCAGAUGUUCAAAAGCUUCCGGAGAGUCCGGAUCAACUUCAGCACCCCAGAGGCAGCAGCUCGCGCUCGCAUCGAGCUGCACGAGUCCGAGUUCAACGGCAAGAAGCUCAAGCUCUACUUUGCUCAAAUCCAGAACGGCGACGAGGACAUCGACAAGUCCUACCUGGCGCCUCCUCAGCCCGUCAAACAGUUCCUGAUCUCGCCGCCUGCCUCGCCACCCGUGGGCUGGAGCCAGAGCGAAGACGCUACGCCCGUCAUCAACUACGACCUGCUGUGUGCCGUAGCCAAGCUGGGACCGGGUGAAAAGUAUGAGCUGCACGCGGGGACAGAGUCCACCCCCAGCGUGGUCGUGCACGUGUGCGAGAGCGAGACGGAGGAGGACGAGGCGGCGCGGCCAAAGCAGCAGAUCGUCCAGACCAGACGUCCCGACGGACCCCCCAAAGUCUUCAACUAGAGAGGCCUCCCCACCCCGACACCGGCGCGGCCCACCGACCGCCCCUUAAAAAACCCGCAACACACCUGCCCUCUCUCUCUCGUCUCUGCACUCACAGAGAGCGUCGAUGCCCCUCAUUUCAGUUCAACUACAAGCAAAAACAAACCAACAAACAUUGCUCGAAGACGGUGUUUGUGGGGAGCGUGGCGAUGGAAUGAGGUGGCUUGAAGGGGAUGGAUGAGAAUCACACACACACUCAUCACAUUCUGCGGACAGCGUGGGGAGCGGCGGGCACGCUUGGCCUCCAACCCCACCAACCCCCCUCGUUUUCAGCAAGAGGGGUGGAACAUACCUGUCCCAACGCAGGCACCUGUCACGUAUCACACACACUCAGCUCUCAUUGCUAGUCCUGCUCAGUAGCUUGGUAGUCCGUUAGCUUGUUAGCCGUACCUCUCCCUUCGUACCAGUCACGUGUGCAUCUUUGGUUGAGGACAAAAGACAUUUUUUCUUUGUUUUUUUUCUUUGUUUUUUUUACAAUAAGUUGUGUUUUCAGGUUAUAUAUACAGUUUAUGUCUGUUUUUUGUUCUUCUCUUUCAACCAUUUUCAUAUCUGCUGGUUUGCCGCUUCAGCUUGCAUCAAGAUUGAGUGUGUGAUGUUCCCGCUCUUGUCUGCAUGUAUAUACUGUAUUACAAAAAAUACGUACAGAAACACAAAUACUAACAAGAUAUAUCAAGAAAAAGGAACGUAUUUAACAUCACACACAGCACAAAGCGCCAUAUGUGACUAACAACGUUGUGGUGGUUGUUUGACUUCCUGUUUUGUUUUCUUCCUUUUUUUCGUCUUUUUUUAUUUGGAGAGGUGUUUGUUUUUUGCUAAACUACUAGAUGUGUAUUCUUACUAUGUAUUUGAUACCCCUACACUUUUUGCAUGCUUAGUUACUUCUGUAGAUGAGGAGCUGAGGUGUUUUUUUGUUUUUUUUAUUGUCGUUUGUGAUGACAGGGAAAUGGUGUGACGCUUUGACGUAAGUGCAUAUUCCCACGCAGAGUUUAAAAUGACGUCUUUGGGGGGAGAGAAGAAAAAAAAACUAAGCCGGGUGGUUUUUUUGAAAGAUUGACAGUUUUCAACGUGAUGACAAGUUUGUGGCUUUCUGUUGAGGUUUAGUGGAUGGGAGGGCGUUCGUCCGUCAUCUCCUGGAGGGCAGUGGGCUGUUUAUUUCUGUAAAUCACAUCUUUAACGUCUCCUUUAUGUUGUUUGAACAAACCCACUUUCUAUGUGUCAGGUUUCCUCUGAAACCUUCUACUGCUUGUUUUGCACUGAGAAUCUCUUGAUAUCUCCGAGCGGGGACGUCGUCUCCUGCUGCUCACCAGAAUACUGCACUGCUUCUUCGCUGUACAUAGCUGAGCGAUAAAUUUGUGGAAAAUAGUUCUUUUAGAUAUUGAAAGCAUUUUGCUGAGAAAAGGGAAAAUGAGGUAGCCUCAUGAGAUACCAACCGAUGAACCAACCAAAGCAUUCACUCACCUUCAUACAAUGAUUUUUUCUUACUCGAAGACACGGAUGUUUGUUGUUAGACUGAGCAGAAAGAAGUUUUCCCAGCACAGCUGCAGUACCUCGUAUUGCGUUGUGUCUCAUUUUAUAUUUACGUACGUACGUUUUUUCCUGCAGUACAUCCUUUAGUGGAAACCUGAACAAAUCCUCAUUCACACGUGGCUGCAGCCCACAGUCCCAUAUCAGAAGCUACAUGAACAAACACUUUGACUAAACCUUCUUUAUGUCAUCAGGCAGCAUGAAAUCUAAAAAGACUUUUUUGCUAUGUAACAAUAUUAGUAAUCAGAUUACAGGUCUGUGUGCAUGUGAGCACUUUACUGUCCGUGUUUGGUUUGUUUCCUUCACAUUAAGAGUCUGUUUUCAAGACAAAAUAGGAAACGCAUUGUACUCCUUCAGUUUGACUUCUUAUGUUGUUGUUUUCUCUUUGAUUUAUCUCAAGCUAAACACCUGGUUAGCCUUUUCACCAGCAUAUUGCAGUGAGUGAAACACUCCACUUCCUUUUUGCUCGUGUGAACCUUUCAGGCCUUUUGGAUCUGUGGGAGUGUAGACAUGCAGUCGGUUUAAAACGAGGCAGGAUGACACUACAGAACAAAAUCAAUAUCUUUGUUUUCGUGUUUGUCCACCAAGAAACAUUCAUCUUAUCUUGUGAGGAAGCUAAACAGUUCUUUGAGACGCACCGUGUUGGCCGGCGCUCCGGUUCGGCUGUGAUCCGAGCAGACAGCGGAUUGGUGGAACUGCUGAGGUGGAUGUUGAUGAAGAGGAGGAGCAGGAGGAAGGACACUCGUGAAGAUUUUUGUACUCUGUGGUCAUGGUGUUUAAAACUGGUGCAUUUUGGUCACAGUUGAAGAAGAAGAUGUAUAUUUGUGUACAUAAGCCAAGUGUUUUCUGUUGCUGAGGCCAGUCCCAGUGUGCAGUUUGUUAUGGCUUCUCUUGGCAAUGUUGUAAUGGAAACAAAAAAACAGAAAAAAAGACAAAAACGUGUAACAAUAAGUCCUGAAGAUGCUCGAUCAAAAACCAACUGUCAUUGUGUUGUGUUCAACAUGGACUCUGUUUGAAUGUUUCUUUUCUUUCUGGGGAACGUCUACUAAAAGCUCAAUAAUACCGUUUGUCACUGUUGUACUGUUUCUGUUGGAAUCUGAAUAUUGUGUCUCGUAUUGUAGGAAUCCAGAAAACAAAGUAGCAAAACAAGCAAUAAUUUACAGUUCUAUGAUACCAGUAUGUGUAUUUUCAUGUUCUGUACUUAUUUCUCAGAGAUGGUCUCUGUCUCUUACAGUAUCCGCUUCUAUUUGUGUAGUACAAUAGUCAUUUGUUUCACAUAGAAAAAUACAUAAAGACUUAUUCUUAAAAGCCA